AUGUCGACCUCAUUCAACCUGGACUUCGAGGUGUCGGGUAUCCAUGGUUAUGUAAUGAUGGAUGGGGUGAUGCCGGCGCUGACGGAGAUCACGUGUACGUUCUGGAUGAGGUCAUCAGACACCACCAACUACGGCACACCCAUCUCCUACGCCGUGGAGGGAAGUGACAACGCCUUCCUACUUAUAGACUACAACGGGUCAGUACUGACACACACAUACAGGGGAACGUACAUUUUCAUGCACAACUAGGGAGAGUGACUAGGAUGGAUAUUUGUUUAUUUCUGUAUUUGGAACUAGUUGUUACUCUAGUCACAGGUACUCUACACGGGGUCCACACUUUCUCUCAUUCUCUCUCUCUCUCUCUCUCUCUCUCUCUCUCUCUCUCUCUCUCUCUCUCUCUCUCUCUCUCUCUCUCUCUCUCUCUCCCUCUCUCGCCCCUCCUCCCCCUUCCCAGGUGGGUCCUGUACAUCAACGGUAAGGAGCGGAUUACAGACUGCCCGGCAGUGAACACGGGUCAGUGGCACCACAUCGGGGUGUCAUGGCGGAGCUGGGACGGGGACUGGAGGGUCUAUAUCAACGGAAACCCCUCAGACGGAGGGAAAGGCCUGUCAGUGGGCAGCACCAUCCCAGGUGUAGUUCUAUCCUCAGCCUGCUCAUUGUACUGUAUCAUCUUAGUAACUUAUUAAGUCCUAGUAACCUGCUGCGUAGUAGUAUCUAAGUGUGGCGAAGCGUGGCGUAUCAAAAAGUAGAAUGAUACUAUUUUACGGGUCUUAAUUAAGUAAUAGCAAUGAGGUUAACAACUUUUAGGCAGAUUUCAGAGAACCCAAAGACUAGUGGUUAACCUCUGAAACUUGACCCUUCCCUGCAGGUGGAGGGGCAUUGGUGCUGGGCCAGGACCAGGACCAGCGGGGCGAGGGCUUCAACCCUGUGGAGUCCUUCGUAGGAUCCCUCAGCCAGCUCCACAUCUGGGACAGAGUUCUGGACCCACAGCAAGUAAAUCACACUGACACAAACAAACACACACACACACACACACACAUUCAGACUGUCCUACUGCUUUACAACCUGAAACACACUCACAGACUAGAACAGUAGCUAGUGCAUCACUAUCUGAACACAGCUACUAGCCUGGUUACCAGAUCUGUUUCUGCUUUAGAACAACUUGUUUUUCAUUGUCAUGAUAAUCGUGCUUGACACACAAAAGAGUUGUCUCAAGCAGAAAAAGACUGGCGUCCAGGCUACAUAACUACAGUAUAUGAACUAGCAACUGUCUCUCCAACCUUUAUUAGCAUGAGAGCUACUUUUAAGAAAUUAAACACUAAUUUUCUUCUAGGUUUCAAAUAGGCACAUUCUCCUCUUCUCCUCUCCCCUGCAACUCUUCCCCAGGUCCUUAGUGUACAAGAUAAUGUAGUGCACUAUGUUUCUGUCAAUAUACCUGGUAAAAUAGUGUUUAAUAAAAAACUCUAAAAGAUUUUCUUUUUAUAUACAGUAUAUAUUUUCUCAAAUGAUGUUCUCAGUUUUAUUUGUCACUCUUAAAAUUACAAUUGUUUAUAGAGAAACAACGAAAUUGGAUGUUCUGAGUCCAUGUCAAUGCUUAACCUUUUACUGCAGUUGGCUAAAUCAGGGUCACACAGAGUGUUUCUUGGUAGUCUUAAACAAAUCUACUUUGAAACAAAAGUAUACACCUCACACACAUGGUUAUAGGCUUUUAAAAAAUAAGACACCGGUACCAUGUCAGAUAUAGAGUUGAAAUGUAUUACAUUUUGAGUUUGCAUCCCAAUAUGACACUUUAUAUACAUCACAGAAGACUGAAUGGGCUCCUGAGUGGUGCAGUGGUCUAAGGCACUGCAUCUCAGUGCUAGAGGCGACACUACAGACCUUGGUUCGAUUCCAGGCUGUAUCACACUCCUGCCAUGAUUGGGAGUACCAUAGGGCGGCGAAUGUCAUAAAUAAGAAUUUGUUCUUAACUGACUUGCCAGGUUAAAUCAAAUAAAUAAAUAUAGAAACACCAGAUUUAUGGCAUUUAAAAUUUUAUUUUGUAUUAAUUAUUAAUUAAUAACAUUCCACCCAUGAGGCCACUAGGUCAUUUGACUGCAGGAAAGGGGUACAUCACAUCAGAAUACAUUUUGUUUAGGUCUGGAAGAAAACAAAACCCAAAAAUAUGUGUGUGUGUAAUUCCCCUUUAAUUGCGCAUCUGACCCUUUAAUUGCGCAUCUGGCCCUUUAAUUGCGCAUCUGGCCCUUUAAUUGAGCAUCAGGCCCUUUAAUUGAGCAUCUGGCCCUUUAAUUGAGCAUCUAGCGAGUGUGCCAUCUAAUGUGCCGUUCUAGUGAUGGUUCUGUACUGCUGAUGCUCAUUUCAUGGCAAAGUUUGAAAAUAAUAGAUACAAAUGAUAUACUUUGUGAACGUGAGGGGCAUUUAGUUACACAUGCACAGACACUUACACUGCAUACACACACUCACUAUAUAAAUUUUUUUGGGGGGGGGAAGUAUUACUGUCAAUCAACAAGAUGGUUAUCACAUCAACUGACUACACACAGAGUUAUAAACAAUGGUAAACCAAACAGACAGGGGCAAUAUUGCUGGAAAUUAAGGUUUGGCUUUUUAAGGCAAUAGUGACUAACCAUGUGUGGGAUAAUGUCAAUGUUAAUUAGACAGUAGCUGGGAGCUUGCGGUGUCUUAUACUUGUGAGAUUUGUUUAUGACAGUUUGCGGUGGAACACGUGAAAAUGACAUGUACUUUCAGAAUUAUUUGGCUAGCUAUUCAUCGGUGGGCUGUGAGCUACUGGUAGCUUGCGAUCGACCUGUUGGAGAUCCCUGAACUAGCAUGUGGAUACGUCUGUGGCAAAAAAAUUAAACGCCUGUGUAUCUUUUCCCCUGCCUGCUGUAAAAAAAAGUUCUGUCUCAUUUAUUUUUAUGUGUGUGCGAACCACCAAUCAUUUUCUGUACUUCUGUGCCAUAAAGUGACCUCCAUAUUUCUCUGUAGAUCAAGAUCCUAGCCAGCACCUGCCCAGGGAAAAACAUCAGAGGCAACGUCCUGGCCUGGCCUGACUUCCUCAAUGGGGUGGUGGGGAGAGUCAAGACUAACCCCAACUGCAUCUUCUGUGCUGGUGAGGGACAGAUCUAGGAUCAGCUUACAAUGGCCAAGUCCUAACCUUAACCAUAGGGGGGGCACAAAACUGAUUUUAGAUCUGUGUGUAGGGAAAACGUUAACCCACUCCAUUCUCCUACUCCAUGACAUUUGUGUUUGUCAGACUGCCCCCAGCUAGAGAAUGCAGUGCCUCACCUGCGUGCGUCCAGUCCAGCGGUCAGCCCCGGGUCUCAGACACAGCUGUCCUGUGAUCCCGGCUUCUACCUGGUGGGGGAGCCACUGCUGCAGUGUCACAACAAGGGAGAGUGGAGCCACGCCCUGCCCCGCUGUGAACGUGAGGGGCAUUUAGUAACACAUGCACAGACACUUACACUGCAUACACACACACAUCCACGCAUGAACAUAGACACAGACACACACAAACAUACUCACACACACAUGGAUGCACAUAGACAAACACACACACACGCACGGAUGCAAGCACACACACUCACACACACACACAAAGCAGAGGUUACAUUUGAGUAAUCUAUAUCAAUAAGCAUAACCUCAGUAAUAGCAGAUAACCAUCAAAAAGCAGCAAACAUCAAAACCAUUUGAACCCAACAUUUCCACCUAUCUGACCUGUGUACUGUCUAUCUAUAGGGGUAUCAUAUGGGUUAAUACCUACUAUCUCCAUUAUCAUAACCAUCGUAGUAUCACCGCCAUUCAAAACAUUCACAUUGUAACCUGUGUAUAUCUACCUGUAUAGGAGUGAAGUGUGGUCCCCCUUGGCCCCUGGAGUAUGGUCUGUUCCAGGGUGCCGACUACCAUGCAGGCAGCUCUGUGGUGUACCAGUGUAACCCAGGGUUCUACCUUCUGGGGGACGCUAAGGUCCUCUGUACCAACAGUGGGAAGUGGGGAGGCAACCCACCGGCCUGCCUGGGUAAGAUGAAACUGACACACUGGAUGAAUAUAGAGCAUAAACGGUGUCAUACUUAUACUAUUUACAUUAUAUAAUUAAUGUAUAUCUACCGUAUUUAGAGUGUAUGUCAAUAAAUACAUGUUUUCAAACAGCACAGAGUAUAACGACGUGUAUGUGUCCAUACAGAUGUGGAUGAGUGUGCGCUGGGCUCAGACUGUGAUGAACACGCCAGCUGUCAGAACACAGAUGGCUCCUACACCUGCACCUGUAUCCACCCCUACAGCGGAGACGGGAAGAACUGCACAGGUAAAACACACACAUACUGUAACAUACUCUAGGCCUGGACCAUACACACCUGAGCCCAAAGUUUCCCCCGGUCAGGUCAUGUGGUCAGGAAAAUCUAAUUUCCCCAACAAUGACAUUCUUCCUAGUUAUAUCACAAGCUACAAAACCCCUUAGCUACUGUAUAGCAAUGCCUCUCGUACCUUAUUGCUUCAUCAUCAUCAAACAACUAGAGUUCACCACUGCCAAAUCUUUUAAUCUAUUCAUAUCUGUUGGCACUUCAAGGUGCAGUAGCUACAGUAUCAAACCUUUGUGGUAUUUUUUCUCUGUAUUUAUGUUAUCAAUCUAGAACCAGUGAAGUGUGAGAACCCGGGGGCUCCAGAGUUCGGCUAUAAGGACGGCAGUAACUUCCUGAUGGGAAGUGAGGUCGUGUUCACCUGCGAGGAAGGUUACGAGCUGAUUGGCUCAUCUCACGUCCAAUGCCUGGAGACAGGAAGCUGGAAUGGUGUUUUCCCGUACUGCAGAGGUAUAGAGGACAUCAACAUGUGUUAUAUGUAAUGUAAUAUAUGCUGUAGUAAUAAUGAUAAUAAUAAUCAUAAUAAUAAUAAUAACAAUAAUGAUAAUUAUAUAAUAAUCAUGAUAUAAUCAUAAAUAAUAAUAUACGCAUGUCCUACUCAAGUUUUCUGCUUGGGUUUCUAUAUCAUCUUAGUAUGUUUUAUUCUGUUCCGAUUGUACGAAAUGAUAUAACAUGAUAACAUAACACUGACAUAACAUACAAAAAUAAUCCUGUUUUCACAUAAUGCUUUGUUGUCACUAUCAGUAGAGAUCCAGCAUUGUUAUGUACAAUAUGUUCAUGUUUCCAGAAAUACCCAGUUUCAUGACAGACCAUUUGCAUUUGAGUAAUCUAGCACUACCCUCUUAUCCAUGAGGUACUUAGACAACUUUAUAAAUAACACAAUUAUCCUGAUGAUGCCCAUCAAGCCUUCAUAGCUCUCAGAUCUGCCUAACCAAAGCCUUCAGUCACAGCGGUUAUAAUGGAGGCUUGAUGUUGGGUAACGAGCAACAAAAGCAAACUGUUUGUUUUGAUCCUGAACACUCCUACUCUCUCUCUCUCUCUCUCGCUCUCUCUCUCUCUCUCUCUCUCUCUCUCUCUCUCUCUCUCUCUCUCUCUCUGUCUCUCUCUCUCUCUCUCUCUCUCUCUGUCUCUCUCUCUCUCUCGCUCUCUCUCUCUCUGUCUCUGUCUCUCGCUCUCAUAAUCAUCUUGCAUAUAAAUAUCCUGACCCUCACACAAACACAUGCAGGUGUGUAUGCGUUUGUGUGUCUGUGUGUUUGUGUGCGUGUGUGCACAUGCACGUGUGUGUGUGUGUGUGUGUGUGUGUGUGUGUGUGUGUGUGUGUGUGUGUGUGUGUGUGUGUGUGUGUGUGUGUGUGUGUGUGUGUGUGUGUGUGUGUGUGUGUGUGUGUGUGGAGGGUGAUUAUGUGCUGUGCAGCUGGCUCUUUGUCUGCCCUGUACUGUUCGAACAGAUAAUCUUUCUAUUGCACUGUCAGCAGGGCCAGCUGAAAGGCCUCUGGACUGGGCCGCUGGCCACUGGAUCUAACCCUAACCCACACUGGCUCUGGAUCUAACCCUAACCCACACUGGCUCUGGAUCUAACCCUAACCCACACUGGCUCUGGAUCUAACCCUAACCCACACUGGCGCUGGAUCUAAACCUAACCCACACGGGCUCUGGAUCUAACCCUAACCCACACUGGCUCUGGAUCUAACCCGAACCCACACUGGCUCUGGAUCUAACCCUAACCCACACUGGCUCUGGAUCUAACCCUAACCCACACUGGCUCUGGAUCUAACCCUAACCCACACUGGCUCUGGAUCUAACCCUAACGCACACUGGCUCUGGAUCUAACCCAAACCCACACUGGCUCUGGAUCUAACCCUAACCCACACUGGCUCUGGAUCUAACCCUAACGCACACUGGCUCUGGAUCUAACCCAAACCCACACUUGCAGUCUUAUGAAAGCCAUGCAGGGGAACCUAGCCUGAGUGCCAGUCUGUUUGCGCUAUCAUGCAUGGUUUGGCAUGACAAUGUGUGACAAGAGGUUGGCAUGAUAGCACAAACCCAGGCUAGGGGAACCAGCUCAGUAAGGCACAAGACUGACCUGGCCUGGCUUGCCUGGUCUCCCCACACAUUGACAUAGAUAGGGCGGCAGGUAGACUAGCGGUUAGAGAGGCGAGCCAGCAACCGGAAUGGUUGCCAUUUCGAAUCCUGGGUCCGACAGGAAAAAUCUAGCAGGAAGUAAGCUAGCAACCAGAGGGUUGAUGGUGUCAAAUCCUAGAUGCCAUUGCCUGCCGUUGUGCCCUUGAGCAAGGCACUUAACCCCCCACAGCAACAGCUCCCUGGGCGCCCAGUGUGGCAGCCCCCUGCGCCUCUCCCAAAAAAAACGGUAUAUGUAUGCGUGCCUUUCUGAGAUUUUGGUUGGACCUUGUGUGCAAUUGACCAAUAAAGUGAUCUUAAUAAAGUAUUAUGGAUAUACUGACAAGAUACAUAUCAAUCUGCCCUAAAAAUGGGUGUCCACAAAGCAGCACGGUCGGGCUGUUUGAUGGACAACGACUCCCAUUUUUAGGGCGGAGAGACAUGUAUCUUAUCAGUACAUCCAUAAUCUUUGAUUAAGAUCACUUAAUCAAAUGAGGCUAAGAACUUUCUGGAAGGAAUUUAUUUGAGUAAAUUGACCAUUACUAGAACUGAUCACCAUUGUGUUGUUCUCCAGCCCUCUCCUGUGGAAGGCCCUCUGUCCCAGAGAACGCUGUGAUGAAGGGGACCAACUUCACGUUUGGAAGCAAGGUGACUUUCAGGUACCACCGUCAGCCAUUUACAACAAGUGUCACACUGACAAAGGAGACCGUAUAGACAUAACAACAGUAUGAAUUUGCUGUUGCAUUGAGAUAAUUAUGUUGCAUUGAUAUAAUGCUGUUGCAUUGAGAUAAUGCUGUUGCAUUGAGAUAAUUAUGUUGUAUUAAUAGUUAAGUGAGAUAAAAGAGCUUCUCUUUAUUUUCUCUUUCCAAUUGAGAUAUCGUAUAGCAGGGGUACUCAACUCUUACCCUACGAGGUCCGGAGCCUGCUGGUUUUCUGUUCUACCUGAUAAUUAAUUGCACACCCCUGGUGUCACAGGUCUAAAUCAGUCCCUGAUUAGAGGGGAACAAUGAAAAAAUGCAGUGGAACUGGUUUCGAGGUCCAGAGUUGAGUUUGAGGGCUGUAUAGUGUAUAAUAUACAUUAUAAACUGGAUGGUUCGAGCCCUGAAUGCUGAUUGGCCGACAGCCGUACCACGGGUAUGCCAAAACAUUUAAUGUUACUGCUCUAAUUAUGUUGGUAACCAGGUUAUAAUAGCAAUAAGGCGCCUCGGGGGUUUGUGAUAUAUGGCCAAUAUACCAUGGCUAAGGGCUGUGUCCAGGCACUCCGCGUUGCGUCGUGCAUAAGAACAGCUCUUAGCCGUGGUAUAUUGGCCAUAUACCACACCCCCUCGUGUCGCAUUGCUUAAGUAUAUUACAGUAAGUAAAGAUAUCAACAAACACAUGUAUAUAAUGAGAGUUAAGCUGAUAGAUAGUUGCUAAAAUUAAACCUCUAUUUACAUUGCCACAUCUCCCAUAUUCCUCCAUUAUGAAUGUAUAUACAGUAUGUCCCUCUCAUCCACUCCAGCUGCGUUAAGGGGUUCAUCCCAGGUGACCCCUAUGAGAUCCAGUGUCAGGCCAAUCUGAAGUGGAGCAGUGCGCCCCCUGUCUGUCAGCCAGUCACCUGCGGGGAGCCUCCACAUGUAGACAACGCUGAUUUCACCCUCGAAGGGAAAACCUACCUGUCUACAGUGAUCUACACCUGUGCAGAGGGAUACAGGUAAGGAUGGAAUGUCUGUCCUGGGUUAUCAUUUCUGGUCUUAUAUCUCAGAGUAGGAGUGCUGAUCUAGGAUCAGGUCCCCCCAACUGUCCAUAUAAUCUUAUACAUUAUGCUCUAAAAGGCUAAGAUCAGCAGUCCCUGGUCUUAUAGGUCUUAUAAGGGGUUCAUGUAUAAUAAGUAAAAAUAACAAGAUCCAUUUCCAUCUAAAAUAAUAAGACGUUCAUUAAUCUAUAGAUUGAAGUGCCUGCCUGGAUGCAGUGACUUUGAAAGUGGUAGCUAGUAAUUAUAUGAUAGUAAUAAUUGGCUGUUGUUUCAUACUGCUUAAAGGUGUUGUGAGUGUUGUGAGUGUAUGUGUAUGAGUAUAACAGAGUGUAUGUGUUAAAGGCCCAGUGUAGACAAAAUUCAAUUUUUCCUGUGUUUUAUAUCAUAUUGUACAACAGCUGAUCAAAUUAACACUGUAAAAGUGUGAAAAAAUGUGAUCAGUGUUAUUUCAGGUUGAAAUUAUAAUCUACACAGGACUUUCUAAUCAGCAGGUUUGCAUGGGCGGGAGAUUCGGCUUUCCAUGGUGACAUCACCAUGUGAUAAAUUCCUCGCAAAAUUCUUCCUUGAGAAAUGUUUUUUUUUGCAAAGAAAAACAUUUUUUUGCCCAUUUUAACGGACAAUCUAUUACAGCAAGGAACUUAAUUGUUACUCAGAAAUGAUUUGAUAUUGAUAUAAAAACUGCUGCAUUGGGCCUUUAAGACUGCAGGGCUCUGAGGAGGUGGUGUGCGAGGCGUCAGGAGAGUGGAGGAUCCCUACCCCUCUCUGUGCCAGUGUCCACUGUGGAGACCCCCCUGCCCUCCGGGACGCAGUGACCAUGGGGGACGACCACACCCUGGGCAACAAGGUGCACUAUGUCUGCAAAGAAGGGUAAAUACUGUCAACCAUGUUUCAUUAGUUAUACGUUAUCAGCAUGUUAACUCAAUUGAGGCCUUGUAUGCCAGUAUGCCAGGCACAAGACUACCUCAAUGUUAGCGUUAUAGUUAUUAUCAAGUCAAAGUUCAAGUAGUAGUUUAUGUAUUUAUAUAAGUACAGUAGUAAUAGUAUAUGACUGUGCAUCUUUACUUUUUGUUACAUUGUUUAGAUGUAUUACUUCCUGCCCUGAUCCCCAUUGAUUGGCUCGGUGUCCCCACAGCUACACUCUGAUUGGACCAGAGACCAGAGAGUGCCUGUCGAUAGGCCAAUGGAGUCCCACUUCCGCUCAGUGUGUCCCCCGCUCCUGUGGCCCUCCCCCUUCCAUAGACCACGCUGUCGCUGUCGCCGGCCACCAGCUGUUUGGCGACACGGCCAACUACUUCUGCACGGACGGCUACACCGCCAGCAACAACUCCAAGGUUAUUCAUCACUUUUAUUGCCCUUCAUAAAAAUAAAACAAUCUUUCAUGUUAUUGUUUUAAAGUAAAGUGUGUUGCGAUACUAAAUGCAAGGUUAAAUAAAGUUUGAUUUUAUUUAAAGGUGGUCUGCAACGCCCAGGGGGUGUGGGCGCCCCCCGAAGGCCAGGAGGCCCCUCGCUGCAUCGCCACCUUUUGCCAGCGCCCGCCUGACCUGCCCCACGCCAUCUUGGAUUCAGUCAACAAACCCAAGUACCCCAGCAACACAGAGCUCAGCUACAAAUGCGAAGAGGGCUUCAUCCUCAACACGACCGCCACGUUGAAAUGCAUGAUGGGAGGGGAGUGGACGCCCACGCCGUAUGUUGUGGGUUGCGUGCCGGUGCGGUGCUCCAAACCGGGGGGCAUCGAGAGGGGGUAUGUGAGUGGGACCAACUAUAGUUUUGGCGCGAUGGUGGCGUAUAGCUGUGAUAAGGGUUUCCUGAUCCGAGGGGAGAAGAGGAGGACGUGUAAGGCCAAUGGAGAGUGGGGUGGGGUCCUGCCUGUCUGCCAGCCUGUCUCCUGUCCGUCCCCCCCGUCACUCAAGAAUGGAUUCAUCCAGGUAUGUUGUUCCUCCUCUCAUCCAUGUCAAGGCUCAAUGUAACAAGAUGUAGAAAUACAUGUACUGUAUUCAAUACAAACAGAAACAUUAUACAUUUUGAUUGAUUCAAAAUAACUAAAGUUCCUACUCAUUCCUGUGCUUGGCCAUCUAAUUCGAUCAUAGAGAAAGAUCGCUUACAUUCUUUCUGGCAAGAGAUCUUGUGUCAUCUCAUUAAAAAACAGUGUCCUCUCAUAAAACAUCUUCUUUUGUGUUCCAACCCACAGAAUAAAGGUAAUUUCAUCUUCAACAGCAAGGUGACAUACGCAUGCGACGACGGCUACCGACUGAGCGGCCAUCCGGAGCGAGUGUGCCAGGCCAACCGGCAGUGGUCCAACGGCGACCCGCCCGUCUGCCACAUCCUGACCUGCGACCCCCCGCCCAGCAUCCUGCACGGCCAAUACCGUGGCUCCGUCGGCUCCUUCUUUGAGGUGGGCCGCAAGAUCGAGUAUGUCUGCGACGAGGGCUAUGAGCUAGCCGGCGACGCUGUGUGGACUUGUCUGAAGUACGGCAAGUGGGACAAGUUGAGUCAUCCACGCUGCUCGCCGGUCCAGUGCCCAGAACCGCCCCUAGAUGAGAACCACCUGGUUCUACAUAGUUUGGACUCUGGAAUCGUGGAACUGUCCUGCGAGGACGGCUACGUUCUCCACGGUGCCCGGACCCUCCGCUGCACCCUCGCCCAGGAGUGGAACGACACCUUCCCCGUCUGCAAGCAGGUGUUCUGCGGCCCUCCGCCCGAGGUGGCAUUCGGCGACCCGUCGUCGGCACCGUUGUCUGCUCCGUCCUAUUUUGGUUCGGUGGUGAGCUACUCCUGCAUGGACGGGUUUACUUUGAGGAAGGAGGGGUCUGUGACCUGCCAGGCAGAUGGAUACUGGAGCAGCCCUGUCCCAGAGUGCAUCCCAGUAGAGUGUCCCCAACCUGUAGAGAUAGCUAAUGGUAUAGUGGACGUUCAGGGACUGAUGUACCUCAGCACGGCUCUCUACAGCUGUAAACCUGGGUAUAGCUUGGUUGGAAACGCUACGGUACUCUGUGGUGAAAGUGGGCUCUGGAUCGGAGGCGUACCUUCCUGUCAACCAAUCGAGUGCUCCAUCCCUAAAGAGAUACCCAAUGGGAAGGUGGCGUAUACCAAACUCCAGUUCAACCACGCCGUCAACUUCUCCUGUCGCCGCGGUUACCGUCUACAUGGUCCCGAUACGUUGAAGUGUCUGGCGAACGGGGAGUGGGACCAAGAGACGCCCAUGUGCGUCCAGAUCUACUGUGCUCCGCCCAACCCCAUAGACAACGGCUUCGUGGAGGGUCUCGACCACAAGUUCGGCGUCACCAUCUUCUACAGCUGUUUCCCUGGCUUUCAAUUGGUCGGCCAGAACCACCUGACCUGUGAGGAGUUUGGUUGGUCCAGUUCCGUCCCAGUCUGCGUCCCCUCUGACUGCGGCCUGCCCCCUCAUAUAGACUUUGGCGAGUAUUCGAGGCUCUUGGAUCCGAACGCGGAGCUAGCCGGGAGGGACACCGCUAUAACCUCCAAGCCUAUAGGUGGUGCUACAGUGCCGUUAUCACCCAUGGAUAUGAGCUUCCUGCAUGGGACUGUGAUAGUGUACCACUGCCAUAAGAGCUAUGAGCUAACAACCUCUACUGCCUUAAUGUGCCUGGAGGAGGGGGGGUGGAACGGGACGGCUCCCAUGUGUGUUCCUGCAGAGUGUGAGGAGCCGCCCAGCCCAGACCACGGUUCUGUGAACAUCACAGACACAACCCUGGGUAGCCUGGUGAAGUACAGCUGUGAGGAGGGCUACGAGUUAGAUGGGGAGUCAGUCAGACAGUGUGUGGCGGGCCGACAGUGGAGCGACGUUCCGCCUGUCUGCCGACCUAUAUCCUGCGGUGACCCGGGCGACAUCGAUAACGGCUUGGCCGACGGAGACUCCUUCCUGUAUCUGGAGGUGUUGCGUUACAAGUGUAGUUCCGGGUUCGUCCUGAAGGGCGGUGACACCAGGACCUGUAAGGCAGACGGGAAGUGGGAUGCUGAGAAGCCUUGGUGUGAGCCUAUUUCCUGUGGCUCUCCCGUUGUUCCUAGUGAUGUCACUGUGACAGGGAAGGAAUAUACGUUUAACAAACAUGUAGAGCUGAGCUGUAAGUCCGGCUUGCUCCUACAAGGCCCCUCUGUUAGUGUGUGUCAGGCCAAUGGUACCUGGAGUCAUGUGUCGCCUGAGUGUCAUCCAGCCCACUGCGGUAGACCAGCAUCCAUCCCCAAUGGUCGAGUCCUGGGCUCUGACUUUGGCUACGGCCGUGAGGUGUGGUACGAGUGUGAGGAGGGGUACAGCCUCAGCGGCGGCGAACCCAAGCGAAUGUGUCGAGGGGACGGACUCUGGGGGGAAGGACCCGCCCCUCGCUGUGACAUCAUCGCCUGCGACCCGCCGCAGGAUAUCAGCCACGGUUACCUCAAUGGCUCGAGCUUCCACUAUGAUGACGUCGUGGAGUACGUGUGUUUUGACGGGUACGAGGUCUUCGGUGACCCCGUCCUACGCUGUUCCGCCCAGGGCCAUUGGGUUGGGACGGUACCGGAGUGCCGCCCCUGCCUCUGCACCCCUCCAGUGUUAAAAUACGGGGUGGUGCUGGGGCGCGACCACGCCUGCGGUGACCGCGUCUUCUUCCUCUGCGACGAGGGCUACAAGGUCCUGGGGCCGGCGGCAGCAACGUGUGAGAAGGGCGGGCUGUGGAGCCCGGGUGUUCCUGUGUGUGGCCGGGGGAGGUGCGUGGCUGCCCCGCCUACAGUACCCCACGCUGUCCUGCAGGGCGACAGUGCCACUGUCCCAGACACAGUUACCUACCGGUGCAAGCCGGGUUACCAGAUGAAGGGGUCCUACCCACAUGUUACCUGUGGUAGGGAGGGCAGGUGGGGCGAGGUGAGGAUCAGCUGUGAGCCUGUCUCCUGUGGAGAGCCAACUCCUGUACCACAUGCUCACGUGGUGGGAGAGAUGUUCACCUUCGGAAGCCAGAUCCAAUACAGGUGAAUAUGUACUGCUGUAUCUUUCAGAGAGUUAAAACCUCUUUGUCCAUCUAAGUGUUAGAGAAGUACUAUUCAAGUAGAUAGUAUGGUAUUUAAUAUCCCUCUUUCUCUCCCUCUCCCCCUCUCUCUCUCCUCUCUCUCUCUCUCUCUCUCUCUCUCUCUCUCUCUCUCUCUCUCUCUCUCUCUCUCUCUCUCUCUCUCUCUCUCUCUCUCCCCCUCUCUCUCUAGGUGUGAUGAGGGGUAUGAGCUGACCAGCCCUUCUGACUAUCUGACCUGUCAGUAUGAAGGCACCUGGUCUAAACACAGCAUCAGGUGCCGCCCCGCCCCAUGUCCCGCUCCCUGCCAACCUCACCACCCACGUCCUGGUCACCGGGGGAGGACCACACCCUUGUAGGGGGGGCAGUCACCUUCUCCUGCCCACCUGGGUUCCUCCUGCAGGGGCCAGGUCUGGCAGAGUGUCAGGUAAGACUGUUUUAAUGCACUGAAAACAUGAAGACAUGAUUUACACCCACUCAAGUGUCGACAUGGUCAAUAUGUUGAGAUGGUCAGUGAUGUUGGAUUACAUUUUAAUAUACACUGAGUGUAUUGAGUUUGCAGACCCUUUUGCCCUCAGAACAGCCUCAAUUUGUCAGGGCAUGGACUUUACAAGGUGUUGAAAGCAUUCCACAGGGCACAUGUUGACUCCAAUGCUUCUUACAGUUGUGUCAAUUUGGCUGGAUGUUUUUUGGGUGGUGGACCAUUCUUGAUACACACAGGAAACUGUUGAGCGUUGAAAAACCCAGCAGCGUUGCAGUUCAUGGCACUCAAACCGGUGCGCCUGGCACCUACUACCAUAACCUGUUCAAAGGCACUUAAAUAUUUUGUCUUGUUCAUUCACCCUCUGAAUGGCACACAUACACAAUCCAUGUGUAAAUUGUGCCAAGGCUUAAAAAUCCAUCUUUAACCUGUCUCCUCCCCUUCAUCUACACUGAUUGGAUUUAACAAGUGAGAUCAAUAAGGGAUCAUAGCUUUCACCUGUGUUAGGUUCUGAACAAACAGAGUAAAAACUCAAACGGAUGACUAGGAAAAGCUCAAACCAAGUUUAUUCACCCACUGGGUCAAACAGCUGCAAAGACAAAGACAUGUUUACACAAGCACAUAUAUUUAUACCCUCCUACUAGGAGGAGUCACCUCCUUGCAUAUCUAGAUAGCCAACAUAUCUCUGUUGCUAGUCAAGAACUUAAUUGGUUCCUCUCAUUGGUGUCGUCAUGGCCCCGCCACCUGCUAAAUAUAUAUGUGUGGGGGAUAGAACUGUUCCUUCUCACUUCAUCUGACCUGACCUCGGGCCGAAUUCCUCACUCCUCCCUACUCCAUGGCUGUUCUACCUUAUCAGUGACUGAAACCAGACAGUUGCCCUUUACCUCCCUCCAUAGGAUCCAUUACAUUUAAUAAUAACAUGUUCGACAGAAUGUAAACUUACUGUCUACCCCCAUUGUCUCACUCAGUAACUUUCCAUACCCCUAGUUCUUAUCCACCCUCCAUUGACCCCAACAUAUACAUUCAUUACACAUGUAAAGCAGUGGUGGUCAGUGCCGUCUAAGAUGAAGGAGGACAAUUUGUAUUUCUAUUACAGCAUAUUGGAUGACUGUCAUUCAUAUUCCAUUCACCCAGUUCAAUGUAACAGCAAUAGGUUUAGGAUACUACAUGAUACUUGAAUUUUCCCUAUACCCAUCAUGAGGAUGCUACAACCUAGCCUAUGAAUGAAAGUUUACAAAGUAGGUGCACACAGGUUGAGAGACAAGUUUCUAUUGGACAAAUUCAAGUAUGUUUAUCCCCAUUUUGUUCCGUUUGCUUCCGUUUAAGAAAUAUUUGAAUACACCCCUGAUCACUAGUAACACAGUUCACUUUCAUAGCAGCCACGUUGUAUUCCUUCUCGCAUCCAUGCACUCUCCUCCUCUCACCUCUUCCCUUCGCUUGUGGACUUCAAUGCACAACACAUCAGCUGCAUGUGACCUGGCAAAAAAAACGUUCCAAGCCAAACUGCUACACACAGCCUACAUCAUUGUCACCAUAUUAGCUAAAGUAACGUCAUAGUCAGCAUAGCUAAUAGAACUAACGCCUUAGUAAACCCGCUACAAUCAUGCAGUAAUGUUAGUGUACAGUCAGUAAGCAGUUACACUGUCGGGCCCCGGUGGAAAUAAACUAGUAAAACAAAAGCUUAGCUUGACUUGGAAGAAUUCCAGUGUUGUGUGGAUUGUCAUAGCCAGCUAUCUAACAUAGCAUCCCUCUGUUUGAGGAGGGUGUUUCAGUAAGGUAAACUAGCUAGCUGCAUUUGCUAGCUAAGUAAGUGAAACUGAAAGUGAAAAUAAAUGACAAUCUCUCUCUAUAUAUUUCUCUCUUGCUUCUCCUUCAUUUUGGAAGAAAUGAAUUUGUUCAAAACUGUUCAACUAUUGUCUUUAUCUCUCUUUGAGUCAACUACUCACCACAUUCUAUGCACUGCAGUGUUAGCUAGCUGUAGAUUAUGCUUUCAGUACUAGAUUAAUUCUCUGAUCCUUUGAUUGGGUCAGUUGUCAGUUCAUGCUGAUAGGUUAGAGGACAUCCUCUGGAAGUUGUCAUAAUUACUGUGUAAGUCUAUGGAAGGGGGUGAGAACCAUGAGCCCCCUAGGUUUUGUAUUGAAGUCAAUGUACCCAGAGGAGGACGGAAGCUAGCUGUCCUCCGGCUACACUAUGGUGCUACCCUACAGAGUGCAGUUGAGGCUACUGUAGACCUUCUUUGCAGAAUACUGUGUUUUAAGCAAUUAUUUGUUGAUGUGAUUAUAUUUAGUAUAGUUUUAUCUAAAAAGGAUAACAUUUUAAAUGUUUUACCAUUUUUAUUUUUAUGAAAUUCACUGAGGAGGAUGGUCCUCCCCUUCCUCCUCUGAGGAGCCUCCACUGAUGUAAAGCAAUCAAUACGUUCUAGUAUGAUAACAUGAAUAAGUGUAUUUCAAGCUAGAAUCCAACACCUGGAUUCACCUGGUCAGUCUAUGUCAUGGAAAGUCUAUGUCUCCCGAGUGGCGCAGUGGUCUAAGGCACUGCAUCGCAGUGCUAGCUGUGCCACUAGAGAUCCUGGUUCUAAUCCAGGCUCUGUCGUAGCCGGCCGCGACCGGGAGACCCAUGGGGCUGCGCACAAUUGGCCCAGGGUAGGGGAGGGAAUGGCCGGCAGGGAUGUAGCUCAGUUGGUAGAGCAUGGCGUUUGCAACGGCAGGGUUGUGGGUUCAAUUCCCACAGGGGGCCAGUAUCAAAAAACAAUAAGGAUAAGAGCGUCUGCUAAAUGACGUAAAUAAAAGAGCAGGUGUUCUUAAUGUUUUGUACACUCAGUGUAUUGUGUUCAACAAUCUCAACUUUCUAAUUUCUACUUUUUAUACUCUAGACAGCUCUCUGGUCACUAUUCACAUUUCCCUCAAUCCUUCCUAUGUUCAUUAUGGCUUUUCAUCAUUUGCAUUUUAGUCAUUAAACAUACGCUCUCAUCUAGCGCGAUUUACAGAUCCAUCAUUCACAGAUGUUAACUGAAUAUGAAUUCAUGUCAUGAUUAUGAACUAAUUCUGUUGUUGUAGCUGGGUGGUAGCUGGUCUCCAGACCUCUCCUCUGUCUCCUGUGUUCUGGUGGUUUGUGAGAAACCUCUUCCUCUUCAUCAUGGUAUCACUAAGGGGGACAGUUACAGCUAUGGAGACAUUGUCUUGUACACCUGCCUGCCAGGGUUUGAGAUGAAGGUAAUGUCUGACACUCUGAUACAAAGUUAUAUUAUUACAGUAUUAUUACAAUAUUGAUAUUACAAUAUUAUUACAGAACAGAGAAAAAUAUCAACAAUUUAGCUUGAAUUUGUGCAAAACCUCAUUGAUCAUAAUAUUUUGAGAAUCGAGUGCAUGGAAUUUUUCCAAUUACUAUAGUGAGAAAUCUAAUAAAUGCUACUUUCACUCUUACUUUGGGUGAAAAGUAAUCUGCAAAUGUCUAGGCUAAUGUUCCAUUACUGGAAAUCACAUGACGUAAUUACCUAUGAAUGAGAGUGGAUGGUGGGUCAUAAUGUUAGCAGAGAGCUGAGUCACUGUGUGUUUACAGAGAGAUUCACAAUGCCCAGUGUCUAUUUAGUGUAUAUGUCUUCAGUGUUUAAUACUGUGACUGUCACUUUUUUACAGGGUGACUCUGUACAAACCUGUCUAGGAGAUGGAACAUGGAAUGGGGCCCAGCCUACCUGUGUCGGUAAGUGUGUGUGUGUCUGUGUGUGUGUGUGUGCGUGUGUGUGUUUGAGCACACGUCCAAUCCAUUCAUUCAGGCAAUGCUUAUUAACCCCAUUUAACUCUAGUUUCCUUCUUCCAUCUUGUGUGUCCUCAGCUGUAUCGUGUGGUCCACCUCCCUCAGUGGAGAAUGCAGAGACACAGACAUCAGGGGAGACGUACCAGAGCAACGUCAGCUAUGUGUGCAACCCUGGCCUACAUCUGAUUGGUCCACAGAACCUCACCUGUCUGACUAAUGGAACAUGGAGUCUGCCUGCACCAACGUGUGAAGGUAUGAGUUAUUCCUACUUCAUCGUAUUGUCCACAGUCUGUAUCUGUUUAAGCAAUAGUUUUGGAAAUGUUUGACAAGGCAACUUGAAACGUGAAGCAUGGAAAAUCAAGCUUUUUUAUUAUUCCCCCCCCCCCCCCCCCCCCCCCCGCCUUCUCUUUCUUUCCUCCCAUCCUCUUCCGUCUCCUCCCAUCUUUCUCUCUCUCCUCUCCCUUUUCCCCAUCUCCCUCCUCUCUCCUUCUCCCCUUCCCCUUUGUCCCGGUCCUUUUCCUUCACCUCUCUCUCCUUCUCCCCCUCUCCCUCUUUCUCUCUCUCUCUCCUUCUCCCCCUCUCCCUCUCAGUUGGCCAGGGUUGUAACAUCCCCAAGGACUUUUUGAACGGCGUAGUGCAGGAACAGAGCCUGACCACCGGGCGUGCUGUAGCGUUUCAGUGUGAUAAAGGCUACACCCUACAGGGGGAUGCUCUGGUGGUGUGUAUGGGAGACGGGACAUGGAGUUCCAUCUUCCCCUUCUGUCAACGUAAGACUUUGAGACAAACAUGAAUAUGUUGGAGUUUCUUCUUCUUCUUCUUCUUCUUGCUUCAUAGAAUCAGGGCAGGAGUUUUUCUUGGUCAGGUCACAUGGUCAGGGAAACCUCCUGACAGAAUAAAAGAGACAGCUGAUGGUUUUAUCUUAUUCAUUUAGCUCAGGCUCUGUUCUUUCUAUUGGUUUGCACCCAAUCUACACUGAGUACCAGUACUGAGUACCAGAGAAAAGCAGUUGUAUUUCCACACCUCACAUUGUUUAGGGGUUUGGACAUCAGCUUGCACAACAGACCACAUAGGGAGGGGAGGGCUGACACACACACACACACACACACUCACACACCCAUACCACAGCGGGAGGGGAGGGAGGACCGACACACAAUCACACUAACACACACACACGCACGCACACACACCACACCACGGAGGGAGGGGAGGGAGGGCCGACACACACACGCACGCACACACACACACACACACACCACAGAGGGAAGAGAGGGAGGGAGGGCUGACACAUACAAUGCCUGGAAUACUUUGCAACAUCAACACUGUUUCACAGGCUGUUUCAAAACUGUAGCCAAUGACCUGAAAAUAAUAUGAUUAAGGCUUCUUACACAGGCAGACCAAUUCUAAUAUUUUGUCCACUAAUUGGUCUUUUGACCAAUCACAUCAGAUCUUUUCACAUCAGAUCUGAUUAGUCAAAAGACCAAUUAUUGAAAAAAAUAUCAGAAUUGGGCUGCCUGUGUAAACGCAGCCUAAGAGCACUGAUGGCUAAUGAUCAAUGAAAGGACAGUGGGACAAUAAUGAUGCAUGGUGUAUCUAUGCUCCUUACAGCACAAGGGCUGCCGAUGAUUCGAUUUAAUUGACACGAUAAUUAGGCAGGUUGCCAUUGACCCAGGUUUAUUCGACAAAAGCAAUAUCGCAAAAAAUAACAUUGCGACAUGUGUAAUGGAAAUGGCAGCUAUAGGAUACAUUUGAUCAAGACAGGGGUGGAUUUGUAUUUUGUCUAACUUUCUUUAUUGCGACAAAUUAUGAUGUAAACGGUGUUUUUCGAAUAAAUUAUGAUGGUGAAUAAUUUUGAAGGUACACAGGGCAUGUGAUGUCAUCACGUAACUAUAAAGCUCAACUCCUAAUUUAAUUAUACAUGCCUACUGCUUGCUAAAUCUAUUUUUCAACUGUAAAAAUAAGGUUUAAUUGCAGGACAGGGAUUGUCUGCACUUUUGAGACUGUCUGAAUUGCUUCGCCUUGCUUUUCGGUUGGCUGGAUGCAAGUUUUACCAUCCAUUUUUUCCCCCAGAUCUACAGCAGGAGUGCAAGUCUCACCAUGGCACAGACCGUGGCGAUACGUUGGCACAUGACCGUUAUUAGAAUGGCAAAUAUUAGUCAAUUCUUGCAUUCUAUCCAUGCUGGCUUUUGCAGGCUACCUGAAACAUGAAACAGAUGGGUGGGAGGGCAUACAGGCUAUCGCCAAUUUAUUAAUGCGCAAUUAGCCUAAAUGGAUAAUGGAAACCACGUAAUUUUUAUUCGACAGUAGGUUUUUGCUGAAAAGUUUUUAUUUUUUUUAAGGCGUCAUUACGCCUAGUUGUUUUUAUCGACACACGACUGUUCAAUGGAAAUGCACCGUAGCAGGCAAUUGUCACAUCUAUUUUCAAUGCAAACUUUCUAAAUGUCGACAAAAAAAUCACUGGACAAAGUAAUGGAAACAUAGCUACUGACUCUGCUUAUGCAGAGUGAUAUUCUGCUACUUGACCAAACAUGUUGUAAUAAAAAGACUGUCAUUAUAGGUGACCCACAGAGCUUACAUAGUCUCACAAACAUUUACACACCUUGUUAUGACAUUUACAUGUAGCCUCUGGGCUUAUGCCGAACCUGUCUCUAAUCCACCAUCAUACCCUGUAAACUCAAAUUCAUAAAUAUUCAUGGUCUCCCCUACUAGCAUUCUUCCCCCCUACAUUUUACACACUUUGACAUGCCUACAUUGUAAUCCAAUACUAGACUCUGUGUCUCCCCAUGCAGCCAAACCAUGUCCCCCUCCCCCUGGAUGGAAGGAGAGCAGUAGGAGUGUUAACGCUUCUAAACAGCUGUUCUACGUGGGUCAGUCAUUACCGUUCACCUGUCCCAAGGGCCACCAGGGAAAAGGCACGGCCACCAUCACCUGUAGGAGCGACCAGACAUGGACCUCAGUCAGCAGUGCCUGUGAGAGUGAGUAGUCUUUAAAAUACUGUUCUUCAAGCCUGGUCCUGGAGAUCCACAUGGGGUGUAGGGUUUUGUUCCAGACCAGUACUAACACACCCAAUCAGGUCAUUAUUGUACAAGAGAAUGUGUUGUCAAUUACCUUUAUUUACGUGGUUAACUAAGGUUAAUAAAUAAACCAUUUAUAACCAUGAAAACAAGGGUUUAGUUGAAUCAGGUAUGUUAGCGCAGAGCCACCCUUAGCGGCGUUGGCAGAAAGCAGAUGUUGCCGGUUUUCAGGGAUACAGUAUUUUCAGACUAACUUCCGUGGAGACUCUGCUCAGGCAUCUUUCUAUGCCUGCUACGUUAGGUUAGCGCAGGCUAGAAGGAAAGCCUGAACAGGAAACGUACCUCAUCAGGACAACACAGUAAACUACGCAGAGUGGCUGGUCAACAAUGUAAGAUAUGACUGGUAGGUAGGCUACACCAACCCCACCACAUAUUAGUAUUUUAUUACUUCACGUCCCAACCGGGAUAUUGACAUUGGAACAAGACGACAAUUUCAAGAUAAGUUGUACCAUUCUUGGUCAACAUAGAAUAAUUGAAUCUUACUUCCUCCUCAUCCUCCUCCUCUUCUGUUUCUCCCUCUCUCUCUCUCUCUCUCUCUCUCUCUCUCUCUCUCUCUCUCUCUCUCUCUCUCUCUCUCUCUCUCUCUCUCUCUCCGUACCUUCAUCUGGUACACUUCAAGGUUAGUGUUUUAUUAAUAAGAACAACCAUAAGAUCAGUGCAGCCAUAAAGUGUGUUCUCUAGGCUGUGUCUCAAAUGGCACCCUGUUCCCUAUAUAGUGCACUACAUUUGACCGGAGCCCAUAGGGCCCUGGUUUUGCCAUUUCAGAUGCAGCUUAGGUGGAAGGAACACCCAUGUUCCAGAGGAUAGAAGUGAGAGUUACAGCUUAGUAUGAGUCACCAUAUUGAAAUUGUUGUUUACCGGGUGGGAGUUUACUCUGAUAUACUGUAGAAUUGAGAGGGGGCAUUCAUCCCGUAACGUGCGAAGAGAGAAGGUGGAGCUCAUUAUUCAAUUUCUGCUCCUCGUUCUAGCGUCUCCUCAUCUCUUAACAAGUAUGGACCCAGAACUUAAUUGAGCAGCUGACCAAUUACGUGACACUUUAGUUCUGAGUUAACCAAGAUUACUGCUUAUAUAAACUGAAUUUACUGCUGUUGUUUCACCCACAAUACAGUGGUUAUAAAUGUGGAAACCAGCAGAUGGUGAGCACAUAGGCCACUUAAAACAAGAUUCACAUGGGGAAAUCUCUGAGGCUCAGGUUGUUUGCAAAUCAAAAUCCUUUCUGCAUAUUCAAAACAAUUUCCUGUUGCACUUUGUUAGCAUCCAAGCUUGUGUGUUUCUUGAAUGAAUGGUGGGAACAUAAAAUUAGGAAUUAGAAUAAGAUCUCUAUGGGGAUGGAUCUGUACAUGUACAAGUCUAGUGUAAGAUUGCUGUGCAUUUCAGUGCUAGUGGCGUCACUACAGACCCUGGUUCGAUUCCAGGCUGUAUCACAAUUUGGCCGUGAUUGAGAAUAGGGUGGUGCGCAGUUGGCCCAGCGUUGUCUGGGGUAGGCUGUCAUUGUAAACAAGAAUUUGUUCUUAAUUGACUUGCCUAGUUAAAUAUAUAUAUAUAUAUAUAUAUAUAUAUAUAUAGAGAGAGAGAGAGAGAGAGAGAGAGAAAAUUCCCAUCAGCUGGAUGAGUCACCAUUUAUAGUUUGGUGGAAAUGAUCCAACCAUUAUGUAGGUUCGUGUAAAUCCCCAUCAACUGGAUGAGUCACCAUGUCAGCGUCUGGGUGAACUGGUGAAACAGAAUCAGGCGCAGGACACAGAACUGAGAAAAGUAUGGCUUUACUAAACACAAAGUAAACCAUAGCAAACCCUCCACGCAGGGAAGAGCAAAACAACAGCUCAACAGUCGACGUAACAACGAACAAUCACGCACAAACCCAGGAGGGAAAAACAGAGGUAAUAUAGGGAAACCAACAAGCCUAAUGAGUAACAGGUGUGAAUAAUAAAGACAGGACUAGUGUGACACAGAAACAUCGAUCGGUGGCAGCUAGUACUCCGGUGACGACGAACGCCGAAGCCUGCCCGAGCAAGGAGGAGGGGCAGCCUCGGCUGUAUCCGUGACACACCAUUUAUAGUUUGGUGGAAAUGAUCCAGGUAGGUUGGUGGUAAUUCCAAUCAACUGGAUGAGUCACCAUUUAUAAUUUGGUGGAAAUUAUCCAACCAUUAUGUAGGUUGGUGGAAAUCCCCAUCGACUCAGGAUAAGGGGUCUUCAUUAUGUAGACGUGUAAAGAUUAUGUUGAAUAAUAAGAAACUACAUUCAUCAAUCUGACGCCAUUAUUAUGUGAAUGCUAUAGGCCCAUAAUCGUAUACAGUGGGUAUAGCAACGGUUGUGAUCCUUGCGUCACCACUCGGAAUACUAUAAGAUGCACGUGUCUAGGUUUACCGUUAUGCAAUUAUUAAGAGGCUAAGGGUCAAGGAGCUAAUAUCUUGCAAUCAGUGUCCUAGCAUUAAAUGAUUGAGUUACCCUCAGCUCAGAGAUGCACAGUUAGAGACCGAGCAUAUAUGCUAUGUGUAUUGUGAAUAACCGUUACCAUUAGACAUUUCACGAAAUAAUAAUUCAAGGAAUAUUACUCAGAAAUGUGAGGACUACGGUUCGUAUCCAUUUAAAAGUAAUCCGAUUUAUUACAGUUACGCAAUAAGAAUACAAUUAACAAAUGGUACACACCAGAAAUCUUUACAAUAAAAAGAAUACAAAAUAGCCUAAGUCUUAACAGCAUAGGAAAUUCCCCACUAUGACAUACAAACGUACAUCAGGAGAUCGGUUUACCAAUGACUCCAUGAUCAACGUUUAAACCCAGCUUUUAUUCUUCCAAGAGCUCCAACUUCCAGUUUCUCUUAUCGUCUAAUUAGCAUCACUUUGCAUGGCCCAAAACAUUCAAACAAAAGGCAUAAAACUUCACACGCAUUCUCUAAUCUAAUCACCACACCUCAACACUGUAUGAUAAGAGCACAACCCUGUGUCGCUCCUCUUUGAACUAUCCGCCGUCUGACGAACAGAAGAACAGUUUCUCUGUAACAAUAAAUCCAUAGCACUUACAGUACAAUAAAACAUACAAAUUCAUAGCUCUUUAUGAACUCUUGAAACAAUCCAAACAUGACAGUUUAAUUCACACAAUAACAUUCAUUUCGUCGAUUCAAGUUUCAUCAGUCUUCAUCUCUCCUGGCUUCAGUGACCCUAGGACUUCUGUGGGAAUAUCUCUUCAUUGAGAUUGUCCCAGAUAAGAUGUGUUUGACCCCUGUGGUAGCCCACAGAUGGUCUGCCAUCCAAAACAAUGUCAUAAAUGGCUGUGCUCCCACGCUAGCCAGUCGCCUUCUCUCAUUCUUCCACUACACAAGGAGGCAUCUGUGCAGUGGGUAAUGUGAUAUACUGGUCUUUCUGUGAAUUAUUUGGAUCAUGAUACUGUGUCAAGUCCACUGUUUUUUCUAGAACUAUUUUUACUAUACAGAAGUGAAUCGAUUUGUAACAUAACAAUAUUACAAGUGCAGAAAAAACUAGACAUGUACAUUGAUAGAGGAUCCACCCCUGCGUGGUUUCUCCUUUGCUAUCUGCGUGGCCUGCUUACUGCACAUUGAGCAUGGAUCCUGACUAUUGUCUUCUGUAGUUUUCCAUCACUUCCUCCUCCUCUCCUCUUCUCUCCUCUCCUCUGUCUCUGUGGACAGCUUGUGUUAGGCUGGAUGAAUGGGUUCCAUUAAGCAGAUCUGUUGUGGCUGGCAUGUUUGUGACUAAUUAUGGGUUUACAGCUGCUAUGGAAACCAUUCGCAGGGAGUUUACACUGUGUUUUCAUUCUCGCUAACUUGCUUGAUUACGUUGUUAUACUGUUGGUAUACAGUACCUUGUUUUUUGCUUGUAUGGUUUGUAGAGGUAGAUAUAUUUGAAUGUCUGCCUUGCUCUAGCUUGUUGAGGUCUUCCCUGUGGUCUCCAACACUGACUGAUUCUCAAUGGUUGGAUUGGUUUUCAAGGCCUUACAAGGAAAAUCAAACACACUCUGUUCAGUCACACUUCGACAUGUCAACACAUCUCUGCAUGGCAUUCACAAUGUUUCUUUGAAGACUUGACACAGCAGCAAUGCAUACUUUGUAUGACAGACCAUUCAAUGUGUUAUUUACUGCUACUGAUUUGAUUUGAUUUGAGGUGGUAUUAUCCUAACAUUACUUCUCUGUCAACAUCUCCCAUCAUCCCUAGAGGAAAAGUUAUUCUAUUCAUGUUUUUUCGUUGAAAAGCAGAGAUGGACUUCUUACUAUCAAAACGUUUAGAGGCACAUGUGUGAUAACAUGUACACAACAUGGGUAUAACAUGGGUCCCUAAAUGACUUGUAAGUAACCAGAGGGGCUGUCCGUCCGUUUCGGCACAGGGGUGUCCUGCGGCCCCCCUCUCCACGUGGCCAACGGGGUGGUGCGGGGGGCGGUGUUCCAGUUCGGGGAUGUGGCCGUGUACUCGUGUUUCGGAGGGUACGCCAUGAAGGGCAACAGCAGGAGUGUGUGUCUGGAGAACGGGACCUGGACCCCCCCUCCUGCCUGCAGAGGUAGAGAGACUGCACCCCUAUUGCGUCCUAAAAGGAGGGCAUCCUGUCUACUCCUGACAGCUUGCGUGCCCUCCCCUCCGCUUCACCACUCCCUUGUAUUGUACACACUCCCUACUCUGCCCGUACACACUUCCCACUUUAUUUGUACAUACUAGAAAGAUAGCAGGGUUGUCUAGGGAUGCCUGUGUCUAAGGCAGCGUCUGUUGGGUAGCUAUAUUGAAUGAACAGUUUCUAUAAAGGAAUGCUGUUUUUACGAAUCUAUCUUUAUCCCAGUGCAUGAAGUUGCAUGGUCAAGGCCCAAUCACAGCAUGACUACCAGUAACAUUAUCAAUUUUCUAUUAAACAGGACUAGCUAUCUUAACUGAAUGCUUUCUCUCCUAUGGAGCCUCUCUACACGCUGGUCAGAUGGGGACUGUUUGGGGAUGUCUCAGUAUUUUGGCUUCAAUCAGGUGUGUCUUCCUGUUCUCUCCAGCAGUGUGUUGGCUGCAGUGCCUGAACGGAGGGGUGUGUCAGAGACCAAACACCUGUUCAUGUCCUGAGGGGUGGAUGGGCAGACUGUGUGAGGAACGUAAGUAUUAUCAACCAAUUCAUCAAUCAAUCACAUUUAUUUUGGAUGGAUGGGCAGACUUGGGGAGUGUAAGUAUGGUCCUACCUGAAGAGAGAGAGAGAGACAGAGAGAGAGACAGAGAGAGAGACAGAGAGAGAGAGAGAGAGAGAGAGAGAGAGAGAGAGAGAGAGAGAGAGAGAGAGAGAGAGAGAGAGAGAGAGAGAGAGAGAGAGAGAUUUGGAUCUCAGUCCUCUCAUCACAAACAAAGAGUCUGUCAGGGAAAGUGGAUCCACACUGCAGUCAGGAACAGACCCACACUGUUUCACUGACUCUGAGGAAUUGACUCAGCUAGCUUUACACAGUCAGAGUAGAAUAGUAUAUACUCACAUUAGAUAGUCUAAAAUCACAGAGACACUCAUGAGGAAAAUAUUUCCCCAUCUGUGUGAAAAUGUUCACUGCCUUUUUGUGUACUCUUGUCUACCCCAGUGAGAGAGGUUGAGUCUGAAAUGGCACCAUAUUCACACAGUAGAGAGAGCACUACCUGAUUGGGCUGUGGUGAAAAGUAAUUCACUAUAUACAGUGAGGGAAAAAAGUAUUUGAUCCCCUGCUGAUUUUGUACGUUUGCCCACUGAAAAAGAAAUGAUCAGUCUAUAAUUUUAAUGGUAGGUUUAUUUGAACAGUGAGAGACAGAAUAACAACAAAAGAAAUCCAGAAAAACGCAUGUCAAAAAUGUUCUAAAUUGAUUUGCAUUUUAAUGAGGGAAAUAAGUAUAUGACCCCUUUUCAAUCAGAAAGAUUUCUGGCUCCCAGGUGUCUUUUAUACAGGUAACGAGCUGAGAUUAGGGAGUGCUCCUAAUCUCAGCUUGUUACCUGUAUAAAAGAUACCUGUCCACAGAAGCAAUCAACCAAUCAGAUUCCAAACUCUCCACCAUGGCCAAGACCAAAGAGCUCUCCAAGGAUGUCAGGGAAUUGUAGACCUACACAAGGCUGGAAUGGGCUACAAGACCAUCGCCAAGCAGCUUGGUGAGAAGGUGACAACAGUUGGUACGAUUAUUCGCAAAUGGAAGAAACACAAAAGACCUGUCAAUCUCCCUCGGCCUGGGGCUCCAUGCAAGAUCUCACCUCGUGGAGUUGCAAUGAUCAUGAGAACGGUGAGGAAUCAGCCCAGAACUACACGGGAGGAUCUUGUCAAUGAUCUCAAGGCAGCUGGGACCAUAGUCACCAAGAAAACAAUUGGUAACACACUACGCCGUGAAGGACUGAAAUCCUGCAGCGCCCGCAAGGUCCCCCUGCUCAAGAAAGCACAUAUACAGGCCCGUCUGAAGUUUGCCAAUGAACAUCUGAAUGAUUCAGAGGAGAACUGGGUGAAAGUGUUGUGGUCAGAUGAGUCCAAAAUUGAGCUCUUUGGCAUCAACUCAACUCGCCGUGUUUGGAGGAGGAGGAAUGUUGCCUAUGACCCCAAGAACACCAUCCCCACCGUCAAACAUGGAGGUGGAAACAUUAUGCUUUGGGGGUGUUUUUCUGCUAAGGGGACAGGACAACUUCACCGCAUCAAAGGGACGAUGGACGGGGCCAUGUACCAUCAAAUCAUGGGUGAGAACCUCCUUCCAUCAGCCAGGGCAUUGAAAAUGGGUCGUGGAUGGGUAUUCCAGCAUGACAAUGACCCAAAACACACGGCCAAGGCAACAAAGGAGUGGCUCAAGAAGAAGCACAUUAAGAUCCUGGAGUGGCCUAGCCAGUCUCCAGACCUUAAUCCCAUAGAAACUCUGUGGAGGGAGCUGAAGGUUCGAGUUGCCAAACGUCAGGCUCGAAACCUUAAUGACUUGGAGAAGAUCUGCAAAGAGGAGUGGGACAAAAUCCCUCCUGAGAUGUGUGCAAACCUGGUGGCCAACUACAAGAAACGUCUGACCUCUGUGAUUGCCAACAAUGGUUUUGCCACCAAGUACUAAGUCAUGUUUUGCAGAGGGGUCAAAUACUUAUUUCCCUCAUUAAAAUGCAAAUCAAAUAAACCUACCAUUAAAAUUAUAGACUGAUCCUGUCUUUGUCAGUGGGCAAACGUACAAAAUCAGCAGGGGAUCAAAUACUUUUUCCCCUCACUGUAUACAGUGCAUUCGGAAAGUAUUCAGACCAUUUGACUUUUUUCACGUUGUUACGUUAUAGCCUUAUUCUCAAAUUGAUGAAUUUUUUUUCCCCCUAAUCAAUCUACACACAAUGACCCCAUAAUGAAAAAGCAAAAACAGGUUUUAUUUUUUUUGUACAAAUGUAUUAAAAUACAUAACUGAAAAAUAACAUUUACAUAAGUAUUCAGACACUUUACUCAGUACUUUGUUGAAGCACCUUUGAUUGUGUGUCAUUGAUUACAGCCUUGAGUCUUCUUGGGUAUGACGCUACAAGCUUGGCACACCUGUAUUUGGGAGUUUCUCAAAUUCUUCCCUGCAGAUCAUCUCAAGCUCUGUCAGGUUGGAUGGGGAGCCCCAGUCUGAGGUCCUGAACGCUCUGGAGCAGGUUUUCAUCAAGGAUCUCUCUGUACUUUGCGCCGUUCAUCUUUCCCUCUAUCCUAACUAGUCUCCCAGUCCCUGCUGCAGAAACAUCCCCACAGCAUGACGUUGCCACCACCAUGCUUCACCGUAUGGAUGGUGCCAGGUUUCCUCCAGACGUGAAGCUUGGCAUUCAGGCCAAAGAGUUCAAUCUUGGUUUCAUCAGACCAGAUAAUCUUUUUUCUCAUGAUCUGAGAGUCCUUUAGGUGCCUUUUGGCAAACUCCAAGUGGGCUGUCAUGUGCCUUUUAAUGAGGAGUGGCUUCCGUCUGGCAACUCUACCAUAAAGGCCUGAUUGGUGGAGUUCUGCAGAGAUGGUUGUCCUUCUGGAAGGUUCUCCCAUCUCCACAGAGGAACUCUAGAGCUCUGUCAGAGUGACCAUCGGGUUCUUGGUCACCUCCCUGACCAAGGCCCUUCUCCCCCAAUUGCUCAGUUUGGCCGGGCGGCCAGCUCUAGGAAGCGUCUUGGUGGUUCCAAACUUCUUCCUUUUAAGAAUGAUGGAGGCCACUGUGUUCUUGAGGACCUUCAAUGCUGCAGAAAUGUUUUGGUACCCUUCCCCAGAUCUGUGCCUCAACACAAUCCUGUCUCGGAGCUCUACGGACAAUUCCUUCGACCUCAUGGCUUGAUUUUUAUACGGAAGAUAUCCCUAUUUGGUAAAAGACCAAGUCCAUAUUAUGGCAAGAACAGCUCAAAUAAGCAAAGAGAAACGACAGUCCAUCAUUACUUUAAGACAUGAAGGCCAGUGAAUACGGUAAAUUUCACGAACUUUGAACAUUUCUUCAAGUGUAGUCGCAAAAACCAUCAAGCGCUAUGAUGAAACUGGCUCUCAUGAGGACCACAACAGGAAUGGAAGACCCAGAGUUACCUCUGCUGCAGAGGAUAAGUUCAUUAGAGUUACCAGCCUCACAAAUUUCAUCCCAAAUAAAUGCUUCACAGAGUUCAAGUCACAGACACAUCUCAACAUCAACUGUUCAGAGGGGACUGUGAAUCAGGCCUUCAUGGUUGAAUUUGCUGGCAAAGAAACCACUACUAAAGGAUACCAAUAAGAAGAGGAGACCUGCUUGGGCCAAGAAACACGAGCAAUGGACAUUAGACCGGUGGAAAUUUGUCCUUUGGUCUGGAGUCCAAAUUGGAGAUUUUUGGUUCCAACCGCCGUGUCUUUGUGAGACGCGGUGUGGGUGAACGGAUGAUCCCUGCAUGUGUAGUUUCCACUGUGAAGCAUGGAGGAGGAGGUGUUAUGGUGUGGGGGUGCUUUGCUGGUGACACUGUCUGUGAUUUAUUUAGAAUUCAAGGCACACUUAAUCAGCAUGGUACCACAGCAUUCUGCAGCGAUACGCCAUCCCGUCUGGUUUGGGCUUAGUGGGACUAUCAUUUGUUUUUCAACAGGAAAAUGACCCAACACACCUCCAGGCGAUGUAAGGGAUAUUUUACCAAGAAGGAGAGUGAUGGAGUCCUGCAUCAGAUUACCUGGCCUCCACAAUCCCCCAACCUCAACCAAAUUGAGAUGGUUUGGGAUGAGUUGGACCACAGAGUGAAGGAAAAGCAGCCAACAAGUGCUCAGCAUAUGUGAGAACUCCUUCAAGACUGUUGGAAAACCAUUCCAGGUGAAGCUGGUUGAGAGAAUGCCAAGAUUGUGCAAAGCCGUCAUCAACACAAAGGGUGGCUACUUUGAAGAAUCUCAAAUAUAAAAUAUAUUUUGAUUUGUUUAACACUUUUUGGGGUACUACAUGAUUCCAUACGUGUUAUUUCAUAGUUGUGAUGUCUUCACUAUUAUUCUACAAUGUAGAAAAUAUUUAAAAUAAAGAAAAACCCUUGAAUGAGUAGGUGUGUCCAAACUUUUGACUGGUACUGUAUGUAAAAAAGGUAUUUCUGUUUUUCGUUUUUUAUGAAAUUUGCUAACAUUUCUAAAAAGGUGUUUUUGCUUUGUCAUUAUGGCGUUUUGUGUGUAGAUUGAUGAGGAAAUGUUUUUAUGUCAUCCAUUUUAGAAUAAGGCUGUAACGUAACAAAAUGUGGAAAAAGGGAAGGGGUCUGAAUACUUUCCGAAUGCACUGUACACAGCAGAGUAGUACACUAUAUAGGGAAUUAGGGUGCCAUGUUGGACGUAGCCAGAGAGAAAGCUGCUAUUUUAACACUGCUUCCUACCCACAACACACACAGCUUGCCUGUAUUGAAUGACCCCAGAGGUUUAGUCAGUGAGGUGAAACACAUAAUUGUUGAUGACUCAUCAUGUGAUGAUGGCUUCCAGUUUAUGUUUAUGUCUCUCCUCCAAUCAAAUCACAGCGAUCUGCAUCCUGCCGUGUCUGAACGGCGGGCGGUGCGCGGCGCCCUACCAGUGUGAGUGUCCCACGGGCUGGACUGGGACACGCUGUCACACUGGUAAGUGUGUGUGUGUGAGAGUGUGUCACAGUGGUGUGUGUGUAUGUGUUGUCUCAGUGUGUCUGUGAGGAGUGUGUGUGUGCGUUUGUGUUUGUUUCACAGUGGUGUGUGUGUGUGUGUGUGUGUGUGUGUGUGUGUGCGUCUGUCUCAGUGUGUGUGUGGUUCAGUGAGUGUGAGUGUGUGUGUGAGGAGCUCAGUGAUGUGAGACAUAGCUGUAUCCCUAAUUUAUUCCCUCCUGAGAGAGUUUCCACUUUGUGACUACAAUAACAGCAUACUUACCUACAGUAGGGGCCUUAGCUUGUGAGGAAUGUUUAAUAGGACUUUUGUAAGCAAAAUAUUAUCUUGUGGCCUCUAGGGAGAUGGGAGAUAGGGACCUCACCAGGCUGUCACUGAUAAAAGCAGUGAAGCAAAAAGCAUGAAACUAAGCUUUUGAAAUAAAAAAAUGUUACAAUAUAAUUAAGCUGCAGAUAUUUUAGGAAGUUAUCUUACUUUGAGCUGUCCCAAAAAUACCUCAGUUACCAGAUGUGACUCCAGUUGAGUCUGAAAUAACUGAGUUUUCUUAAAACAGUUUUUCUUAAAAGAAGUAAUAGGAGUUUUUUUUCCAUAACUCAUAGUUAGGAUGGAGACCUUGUAGCUGCUUAGAAUAAAUGUAUUAUUGUGUUCUAGGCUGGUAAUGAUUUGUCAGACUGAUAUGACAACACAGGAGUGAAGCAGGAAUUUUAAGUGUUGAUGACAUCAGGGAGAGAAUGAAUGAAUGAUCCGAGGUACUUAUCCAUCCAUUCUGUGUGAUUCUGUUGCCGUAGUAAUGCGCGUCUGUGACAACCGAGCGCUUGCCGUGACAGGCAUUUCUCUUAAACAGGGUCCAAGGCAAACACUACUAUCAUCGUAGAAGCAUGGACAGAAACAUGACCCUUUCGUAUAGACAGGGACUACCUCUCAGAUUGUUAGGCUUACUAUUCAAUUCAAUUCCAUACAACUUUAUUAAUCCCAGAAGGGCAGUUAGAAAGGCCUUGUCAGUGAGUGGCGACAACAUAAUGUCUACUGUACAGUAUGUCAGUUUGCUUUGGUUUUCUCAGGAAUGAUGACAUAAUUUGUUGAUGCGGUAAUACUGAAACAAAGCCACUAAUACCUCUCUUCUCCUUUUCCGUUCAAUCUUUGAUCAUGUCCUCUUUCUGUUUUAAAUAAAUGUUUGCAUGCAUUUCAGGAGAACGUGGAUGUGGAAAACCCUGUUUUGUUAGUGUACCUAGAAAAAGGGUGAGCACAUGUUAUUCUGCCCAGAGGGAAGACCGCAUUUCCAAGGGUUCUACCAGGAAACGUCUAUUAUUAUGAGGAAGUCUUGUAGAUGAGAUUCUAAUGUUGACCCUUACUGAAAGUGUGGGUGUGUGUCCACUCCUUCUCCUUGUUACUCAUUCAGUCAUAGGCAGGGGCGCAACUUUCACUGGGGACGGGGGACGGGGGGGACGGGGGCAUGUCCCCCCCACAUUCUGAAAAUGCAUUUUUGUCCCCCCCAGUUUUAUCAUUGGAAUGUGAUACAAAACGAGGCAGCGGUGUGCUUUAGGACCAUGCAGACGCCUCUGAGCGGUCGGGUAGGCUCUUUGGAGUGUUUAUCCGACUGGAUAAAAAAUAUAUAAUUAUGUCCGCCCCACUUCUAAAACCAAAGUUGCGCUCCUGGUCAAAGGCAAUAACUACCUCAGCCUUAUGAUAGUUCCUUGGUCAGGUGCAUGCAAAGCUGAUAGACCUGAGUGAGUGAGUGAGUGUGUGUGUGUGUGUGUGUGUGUGUGUGUGUGUGUGUGUGUGUGUGUGUGUGUGUGUGUGUGUGUGUGUGUGUGUAUACAGUACCAGUCAAAGGUUUGGACACACCUACUCAUUCCAGGGUUUUUCUUUAUUUGUACUAUUUUCUACAUUGUAGAAUAAUAGUGAAGACAUCAAAACUGUGAAAUAACACAUAUGGAAUCAUGUAGUAACCAAAAAAGUGUUAAACAAAUCAAAAUAUAUUUGAGAUUUGAGAUUCUUCAAAGUAGCCACCCUUUGCCUUGAUGACAGCUUUGCACACUCUUGGCAUUCUCUCAACCAGCUUCAUGAGGCAGUCACCUGGAAUGCAUUUCAAUUAACAGGUGUGCCUGGUUAAAAGUUAAUUUGUGGAAUUUCUUUCCUUCUUAAUGCAUUUGAGCCAAUCAGUUGUGUUGUGACAAGGUAUGGGUGGUAUACAGAAGAUAGCCCUAUUUGGUAAAAGACCAAGUCCAUAUUAUGGCUCAAAUAAGCAAAGAGAAACGACAGUCCAUCAUUACUUUAAGACAUGAAGGUCAGUCAAUCCGGAACAUUUCAAGAACUUUGAAAGUUUCUUCAAGUGCAGUCGCAAAAACCAUCAAUUGCUAUGAUGAAACUGGCUCUCAUGAGGACCGCCACAGGAAAGGAUGAUCCAGAGUUACCUCUGCUGCAGAGGAUAAGUUCAUUCGAGUUAACUGCACUUCAUAUUGCAGCCCAAAUGAAUGCUUCACAGAGUAACAGACACAUCUCAACAUCAACUGUUCAGAGGAGACUGCGUGAAUCAAGCCUUCAUGGUCGAAUUGCUGCAAAGAAACCACUGCUAAAGGACACCAAUAAGAAGAAGAGACUUGCUUGGGCCAAGAAACACGAGCAAUUUACAUUAGACCGGUGGAAAUCUGUCCUUUGGUCUGAUGAGUCCAAAUUUGAGAUUUUUGGUUACAACUGUGUCUUUGUGAGAUGCAGAGUAGGUGAAUGGAUGAUCACCACGUGUGGUUCCCACCAUGAAGCAUGGAGGAGGAGUUGUGAUGGUGUGGUGGUGCUUUGCUGGUGACACUGUCAGUGAUUUAUUUAGAAUUCAAGGCAAUACGCAAUCCCAUCUGGUUUGCACUUAGUGGGACUAUCAUUUGUUUUUCAACAGGAAAAUGAACCAACACACCUCCAGGCUGUGUAAGGGCUAUUUGACCAAGAAGGAGAGUGAUGGAGUGCUGCAUCAGAUGACCUGGCCUCCACAAUCACCCGACCUCAACCCAAUUGAGAUGGUUUGGGAUGAGUUGGACCGCAGAGUGAAGGAAAAGCAGCCAACAAGUGCUCAGCAUUUGUGGGAACUCCUUCAAGACUGUUGGAAAAGCAUUCCUCAUGAAGCUGGUUGAGAGAAUGCCAAGAGUCUGCAAAGCUGUCAUCAAGGCAAAGGGUGGCUACUUUGAAGAAUCUCAAAUAUAAAAUAUAUUUUGAUUUGUUUAACACUUUUUUGGUUACUACAUGAUUCCAUAUGUGUUAUUUCAUCGUUUUGAUGUCUUCACUAUUAUUCUACAAUGUAAAACAUUGUAAAAAUAAAGAAAAACCCUUGAAUGAGUAGGUGUGUCCAAACUUUUGACUGGUACUGUAUAUAUACGUGUGCUGAAUGAAGGGUUUACAGAUGUAUUGACCGUGUGUGUGCGUUUUCACAGCGGUGUGCUCGUCGUCCUGUCUGAACGGUGGGAGGUGCAUCAGGCCUAACAGGUGUCACUGCAGUCCAGGGUGGAGCGGGCACGACUGCUCUAGGUGACAAACCACACACACACACACACACACACACAGGUAUACACACACUUUACAAACAUAAGAACAUCCUCACAAAUACACACAAAUCCUGUCUCAGACUCACACAAUCAACACUGCAUGUUCACACACAUUACUGUACUUAGUUACUGUAGAAACAUAUGUACUACCAGACCACUCUGUACUAAUAGACCACUCUGUACUACUAGACCACUCUGUACUACCAGACCACUCUGUACUACCAGACCACUCUGUACUACUAGACCACUCUGUACUACUAGACCACUCUGUACUACCAGACCACUCUGUACUACUAGACCACUCUGUACUACCAGACCACUCUGUACUACUAGACCACUCUGUACUACCAGACCACUCUGUACUACUAGACCACUCUGUACUACUAGACCACUCUGUACUACCAGACCACUCUGUACUACUAGACCACUCUGUACUACUAGACCACUCUGUACUACUAGACCACUCUGUACUACCAGACCACUCUGUACUACCAGACCACUCUGUACUACUAGACCACUCUGUACUACUAGACCACUCUGUACUACCAGACCACUCUGUACUACUAGACCACUCUGUACUACUAGACCACUCUGUACUACCAGACCACUCUGUACUACCAGACCACUCUGUACUACUAGACCACUCUGUACUACUAGACCACUCUGUACUACCAGACCACUCUGUACUACCAGACCACACACAGAACAAAAUAUGUCAGGACCAUCCCUAGUCAGGAAUGACAAAGCAUUACAUGAAUAAUGCUCCUAGGAAAUAAUUAUCUCUCCUCUCUUCCCCUUGUCCUGAAUCAGGCCUAG